UCUCUCUCUCUCUCUCUCCAACACACACACACACACACACACACACACACACACAGAGGUAUCAGUGACUCGCGCGGUGGGGUGUUGAGCGCGCGGAUUAGGGAUUAGCGGCAGGAUGAAAGCGACGAAACUUUAGAAGUAGAGGAUGGGGUGUGUACAGUCUAAGGAUAAAGAUGAGUCGAAGCUAGCAGAAGGUGGCAACCAGAGUGGGUGUGGUCACUUUGACCCCUCCCCUCGUCUCAGCCCCGCCUUCGGAGCAACUUCCAUCCCCAACUACAACAACUUCACAACAUCGGGUUCUUCACUGACUGUGUUCGGAGGAGCCAACAUACACACACAAACACACACCGGAGUCCUGCACACACCACAAGCCGCAGGUGUCACUCAGUUCGUGGCUCUGUAUGAUUAUGAGGCUCGGGCUGAAGAUGAUCUGAGUUUUAGAAAAGGAGAGAGGUUUCAGAUCAUUAACAGCACUGAGGGUGAUUGGUGGGAAGUGCACUCUCUCACUACAGGAAAAAGCGGCUACAUUCCCAGCAAUUACGUUGCUCCAGCAAACUCCAUCCAGGCUGAGGAGUGGUAUAUCGGUAAACUCGGGCGGAAGGAUGCAGAGAGGCAGCUCCUCUCUACAGGAAACCAACGAGGAUCGUACCUCAUCCGGGAAAGUGAGACCACCAAAGGUGCGUUCUCUCUGUCUAUCCGGGACUGGGACGAGGUUAAAGGUGACCAUGUGAAGCACUAUAAGAUCCGUAAGCUGGACAGUGGAGGUUAUUACAUCACCACACGCGCACAGUUCCACACGCUACAGCAACUCGUCCAGCAUUAUUCAGAGCGUGCAGCGGGUCUGUGUUUCCGAUUGGUCGGCCCAUGUCACAAAGGGAUGCCCCGCCUCACUGACCUGUCAAUGAAAACCAAAGACGUGUGGGAGAUCCUGCGCGAAUCGUUGCUGCUCGUAAAGCGAUUGGGCAAUGGCCAGUUCGGGGAGGUCUGGAUGGUGCAUGCGGAUGGUCUGUGCUAUCAGUUAACCAGUGUGUGUGAAAACUACACACCAGAAACUGUGGGUCUUACACACGAUACGUGGGAAAUUGCUCGCGAGUCUCUGCGGCUGGACGUCAAGCUUGGAGCAGGAUGUUUUGCUGAUGUCUGGUGUGGAACGUGGAACGGUAACACCAAGGUGGCAGUGAAGACCCUGAAGGCGGGCACCAUGUCCCCCGAGUCGUUUCUGGAGGAAGCUCAGAUCAUGAAGAAUCUGCGUCAUGAUAAACUGGUGCAGCUCUACGCCGUCGUCUCAGAGGAGCCCAUCUACAUUGUCACCGAGUACAUGAGCAAAGGAAGUCUGCUGGAGUUCGUGAAGGACGGAGAAGGUCGCGCUCUGAAGCUACCCUACCUCGUGGAUAUGGCCGCUCAGGUAGCUGCAGGAAUGGCCUACAUUGAGAGGAUGAACUACAUCCACAGAGACCUGCGCGCUGCCAACAUCCUGGUUGGAGAAAAUCUGGUGUGUAAAAUCGCUGACUUCGGCCUCGCCAGACUCAUCGAGGACAACGAGUACACCGCUCGCCAAGGCGCGAAGUUCCCCAUCAAAUGGACGGCUCCUGAGGCAGCACUUUACGGAAAGUUCACCAUUAAAUCAGACGUCUGGUCCUUCGGCAUCCUGCUCACAGAACUGGUGACGAAAGGACGCGUACCGUACCCAGGGAUGAACAACAGAGAGGUGUUGGAGCAGGUGGAGCGUGGUUACCGUAUGCAGUGUCCUCAGGACUGUCCCGCGUCUCUGUACGAGCUCAUGCUUCAGUGCUGGAAGCAGAACGCUGAGGAACGUCACACCUUUGAGUACCUGCAAGCGUUCCUCGAAGAUUAUUUCACCGCCACCGAGCCGCAGUACCAACCCGGAGACAACUUAUGAUCCCGCCCACAGCACUCCCGGUGGCCUGGAGGCGGAGUCACAGCUUCCAUCAUCAACUCCUUUAAACCUGUGUGUAUCUCCAUCAGUGGAGAAGAACCUCCUCUGAAGGAGGAGCUGUAGGGGGGGGGAGGGGGGGAGGGGGGGGUCCCGUAAAUACGAUGGAAGGGGUUUUAUUUUUAACCUUGUAGUUAUUAGUUUAACUUCUGAACUGAUUUUUAAACCACAUUUUCAGAAUGCAGGAAUUGUGGGUAAUGUGUGUUGAAAUACAGAAGAGAGCGGGAUUGUGGGUAAAUGUACCUUUUUCAGCUUUUGGUUUAUGUAUUAAUUAUAGAUUUAACACAGUGCUUUAUAAUUUUUUUUUAUUAAUAUGAAGUAAGAAAAAAACGCACAUCAAAAACAAAAUCUAAACUUCGUGCAGCUUUUCUACAGAUGCUGCCAAGCUUAUUUCUGGAAUUAUUUUGAAAUGUUUUUAAUUAAUGCCCAAAGACCCAUCGUGCAAUGCUGCCUUUGUUGUUUUUGCCUUUGUUUAUUAUUCAUGUUCUGUACCGAAUUUUAAUGCUAAUGCUAACAACAAGAUAUAAGUUAAAAAAAUAAUAUAUGUUGCAUAUUUUUAGCCAAAUGUAUGAGAGUACUUUUGAUUUUAAACGGAAGAAACGGCUGUUUUUAAUGUUUAGUGUUAUCUUACUUCCUCCUCUCAGGUGUUAACGAUGUUCAUGAUCGUGUGACCGUAACGAGCGAUCAAAUCCUGUGAAAGAAUUUCAGACGACUCGAACAGAAAGUCUUACAUUUUCCGUCUUCUUUGUCUUUUUGCUUUUUUUCCUCUCCUUUUUCCUGGUUUUAAUGUUUGUAUUUUAAUCUGUGACAGAUUUAACCCUCUUACCCCUAAGUUCCCACAGUAUCAUGUCCCGUAACCCUGUAUUCCCCAGAGAAACAGCACGCCGACCCUGAGUUCCUGGGCCAAAAUCAACAUUUUAAUUUGAACAUUUUUAGGCCUUGAAACAACUUAUAAUAAUGUAUGUGUGUAAUAUUACUUUGAAAAUGAAGCAGUUCAGUGUUUUUACUAAACUUAGAGCACAAUUCUUAACUAGAGAAAUGAUGAAAAAAUGCUCGCUGAAAUCCUUCUACUCGUUUAGAAGUACCAUACGAGCAUCAGCGUGGUCAAUGCCUUUAUAAAUAAAUGCAUUUUAGCGCCAAAAGUAAACUUUCUGGUGAUAAUCAGAGCAGCAGGUGGUGUUUUCAGGAAUGCACAGAGAGGGUCAGGUCAGGACUCCAGACCCCUGCAGUGUCAGUCGCACUGGUUGAUGCUGAAGAUGAAGACGGAUCAGGGUCUGAAUCAGGAGAGUUUGCGUCUCUGUCAGUUUCGGUUUCAACAUCGCCUGAACUUUCACUGCUGUCUCUAUCUAGAAUCCUCGCUCUCGCCUGUGUGACUGUGUGUUUUCUCUUUUUCACUGUUUUAGAUGUAUCUGUGUUCACUGUAGGUGUAACUUUAGCUGGAACACGAUUAGCUUUUCGCUUUGGCAUGUUUAGUUCACUUCUAUUAGUACACCAAUAUUCACGCUCGGAUCUUCAUCGUAAUGCCGGCAUAAUAACGUAAUCACGUCGUGACGUCAUCAACCUUCCGGGUCAAACAAUAAUAAUGAAAUAAGUAAGGAAUCAUAGCAGAGUAAUGCCGGUACUCCGGCCUUACGGGGAUAACGUUUACACUGUAAAUCCUCUAUAUCGGCCUUACGGGGAUUUGGCAUAGACGACCAAGCCGGUCUGUGGUCCUUACGGGAACAGAUCAAAGACGGGCAAGCCGGUUUUUCGGCCAUACGGGGUAAGAGGGUUAAUGAUGACUUGUUCGGAUUGAGGAAUGCCACAGGGGGCGCUGUGGUGCCAUUUUAUAACUCACCCUCAUAGACUUCCCCUAACAAUCCACAGUUCUAAUUUGCUAGUGUGUUUAAUUACUGGUCUGUUUGUGACUGGCGGGAGGAUUAAAACCCGAUCUGAACAAUCUGAAAUGCUUAUGUUUACACUAUAGGCAGGUGUACAGCCCACAGCAAUGCAUUCUGGGUAAUUUGUCUACAGCAACAUUGGCCAAUGGGGCUCGAUUAAGGGAAAGUGAGUAAGGGGAUGGUAAACACAGGCCUUGUUUCAAUCUCAUGUGUUUUUAUAUUACAGUUUGAUGCAUGUUCUUUUUUACAUAAAUUUGCCAUUUUUAAAUAAAAGAAAUAUUUUACACUCUUAUA